AUGAAACAAUGUCUCGGAAGGUUAUAUAAUAUAUACUUAGCCACACCAAAGUUGUAUCAAUGUUACACCAAUAAGCAACUUAUCAACAAGUACCUUCAGCUUCAUGGCUACAACACGUCUAUACGGCGUUUUUCCACAUUUCAUAGAUUAAAUAAAGAGAUAAACGGAAAGACUUCAUCGACGCAGAAAAGUUCCAUCAACAAAAGCGACUCCAAGAAACAAAGUGAGCAAUCAAAAGCAACAAGUGGCCACGACACAACCUCCACCAGUCGACCAAGUCUCAAUGUACUCAAUAAUGAGUUGAGUAGUACAAUUAUCCCAGGUGAAGCUAAAGUGAUACCAGAAGGUUCAAGUAAAGAUGACUUUCUAACAGAAAUAUUUGAUAAUUUAGAACCAUAUAUCGAUACAUACGAGGUGUUCAAACGACUCACAGAAGCUGGGUUUACAGAAGCACAGGCUGAUCUGAUUAUCAAAUUACUAAUAUACCAAUUGAACUCAAAGUUAUCUAAAUUAUCCACCAUAUAUGCCCAAAAACAUGAAAUGGAAAGUGAACAAUAUUUGUUUGAAAGUGCUCAACAAGAAAUUUUGGUUGAUAUAACUCGAAGUAGAGAGCAACAUAUUAAUGAAUUGAUCACAUUGGUCAAUAUUUUAGAACGUGAUUUCAACAUUAUAUCUGACGAACUAAAUAACGACAAUUUGAAACUUCGUAAUGAUUCUCAAGUGGCUAUUCAUGAACAGAAAUCAGAAAAUACAUUAAAUGUGAAGAAAUUGUUUUUACGUAUUCAAGAAACAAACCACAAGAUCACUACUGAGCUAGAUUCUGCAAUUAGAUCAGAAAUUGAAAGUUUGCGAUGGUACCUAUCUCGUUGGGGGCUAAUUACAUUAAUGGUAUCAUUGUUUCUUGCCAGUUUGAUAUUCUUUAGCAACAAGUUCAAGAAUGAAAAGAAUGAAGCAAAGAAGGAGUUUGUCCCAUUGGUUAUUCGUGAACCUAGUGAGUAUGAUGAAGAUGAUUAUCAUACAGAUUUGGAUAGAUCUAGCGUAGAGUAA